CGAUCACCAUGAUCAUGGGUGCGACGUAAACUUUCAUACCGACUGUGAAGAUCACCACGUUAUCAAGGAAUGCUGGCGAUGAGGUGUUAAAAUCCAUGGCAUCUUCUUCCACUUACCGUCUCAUGUUGAAGCCCUCGCCGAAGACUUGCACAUCAUGCAGGGCUCGAAAAGUACGCUGUGAUGGUGUCUAUCCAACUUGCGGGUCAUGCUCGAAGGCGCGCAAGUCAGUCAAUUGCGUCUACGUCGACCCCGUUCCCACGGCAUCAAAAGGUGAUCUCCUGCAGAAAGGAGCAGCUUGUGUACCGUGCCGACGCAAGAAGAAGAAAUGCGACGCCAGCCGUCCCUUCUGCUCUACAUGUCGAAUUGCAAACAAGGAAGACGAUUGUCAGUAUGACGAUGGCGUGCAUCGGAGUAUCAAGGCUGAACUCUAUGAUCGCAUAAAGGAGCUUGAGGAUCGUUUGCGAGUCUACGAAUCCCAGGACAGGUGUGCUUCGGACUCUGGCUCUUCGUCUAGUCGGUCUAGCUCGGAAAGAGCUCUCGGAGAAUCUAUAUUACCUACCAAGGACGAAACAUCUACUACGCUAUUUAUCGAAGGAUCUACCAAUCAAUCCGUCACUGGAACAACCCUCGAUAUAAUCCCAGCAUACGCAGAUCUCCUAACAGGCGACACAUUCAGCUUGAUGGAGCCUAUACCUAGAGAGAAAGGUGGGAUGGAAGUGUUCCAUAUGUCUGAUCUCUCUCCGAUGCGCGAAAUAUUUUUUUCCCACAGAGCCCAGCUGGGAGUUUGCUUGUCAGACGAGAAGUUGUUCGCAGUCAGCCGUGGAGACCUAUCAAAUUCUGUUGUACAUCCUGUUAUGGUCCAUGUCGCCCAGCUAUGGGGCUCACUGGUACAGGAGGAAUCGUCAUAUUUCAGAAUGCUCACUGAAUCCAUGCAACUGCAAAGCGUGCUCGAUUAUCUAAAUGACUCCCGAGAAAUCCUCCCGCCUACAACAUCCUUACAAGCACACGGAAUUAUAUCUUUGUAUUAUUUCACCAAGGGUGACGUUUUCAAGGGCCGGGAAUACCUACUCAAAUCGGCCCAUCUCCUGAUGCGACAUGACCUUCAUCUAGUAAGGUCAUCACACCCAACGUUAAGCAACGAUACCAUUACUAUACCAGCUACGGAGGACGAGAUCGGGGCUAUAUUGCAAGUAUUUUACAUGGACAAGGCGGCUCAUGUCCAAUUCCGCGUUCCUUGCCUCUUUCAUCCAGAACUCGAUUCGGAGCUGUACUUGUUGUCGGAAUUCCAUGCCUCCAUGCCGAUUGAUAUCUUUGCCGUCUGUGCAAGGACGACUGCUGCAACAUAUAUUCAAGAAGUCCAACAGCUAAUUUGUCUUUGGGAUGAUGAGCAGUGCUGCUCGAUACGUUCAAGCCGAUGUUAUACGAAGUAUUGGGACCUUAUGCGAAGGAUACAGGUUCAUCUAUCUCGUGUCAAGCAGCGUAUGUUGAAUACAGGGCUCGAUGUAGAUCAUCAUUUUUCUCGAGCAUUGAAGCUGGCGGAGAUUGUCGACUUGACUGCCCUGACAGAGCUCCAUCUUUUGCUAGCGUCGACGAAUCUAGAAUCUCGCCAGGCAUGUUUUGACACAAUGGCCCAGAUGGCCAACUUCUUUGCAAACCUUGUGGAUGAAGACUACGGUCGUCUGGACCCGAUACUGACGCUAGCACUAAGGGCCUGCAUCAAAGUACUUCGGCAAGAGUUCAACAUGUCCCCAUCCCUAAUCUCUGUAGAGGUAAUCUAUGAAAUGCGCGCGGUCCUGCAGACCACAGCCAUUAAAUUGCAAAGAAAGCUACCGUUCAUAGAUGUGUCCUUUGACUUGUAAUUGACUUGUACAUCGUCUUGUGUUUAAUGUAGAUUUCUGUAAUUACCGUUACUGUUCAUUUGGAUUAUUUUUAUUCUCGAGUUAUAUCUGCGUGUUUGAAU